AUGAUGUUUUUCAGCACGGUCACGUGGCCACAGAAGCCAAUAAGGCACCGAAGUGGGUCCAUCCCGGCUGAGCCUGGCCCCUAUGGGGAGGAGAUUGGCCGAUGUCCUGCCUGGGGCGGCGUGUGCGCAGCCAGAGCCCCGACACCUUCCCAGCAGACACAGGUCCCAUAAAUCGCCCAUCCCGCUGUGGACGGGGCAGCGGUGCCCGGCACCUCCUUGGGUCACAGCUCCUGACCAGCGGUGCGGAGGCGCUAUAAAGGGCUCCGGCUCCGGCACCUGCCGCUCGGUCUCCGCCGCGCCCAGGGCCGCUGGAGGGGAUGGAAUAUUCCUAUGAUGAGGACCUGGACGAGCUCUGUCCGGUCUGCGGGGACAAGGUCUCCGGCUACCACUACGGGCUGCUCACCUGCGAGAGCUGCAAGGGCUUCUUCAAGCGGACAGUGCAGAACAACAAGCACUACACCUGCACCGAGAAUCAGAGCUGCAAGAUCGACAAGACCCAGCGCAAGCGCUGCCCCUACUGCCGCUUCCAGAAGUGCCUCACCGUGGGGAUGCGCCUGGAAGCUGUGCGUGCAGAUCGGAUGCGUGGAGGGAGGAACAAGUUUGGACCCAUGUACAAGCGGGACCGUGCCUUAAAGCAGCAGAAGAAAGCUCUGAUCCGUGCCAAUGGCUUCAAGCUGGAGACCGUGCCUCAGAUCAUGUCCCCGGUGCAAAACGACUACAGCCUGACCUCCACCAUCCACAGCAUCCACACCAUGUCCAAGACCUUGCCGCCCAACCCAGCCGCCCUGACACCCAUUGACUACGAGCGCAGCCCCUAUGGGACACCUUCCCUGGGAAUGACUAUGCCCAGCCACCCUCCGCUCGCCAGCUACCACUAUCCCUCCUUCCCCAACCGCACCAUCAAGUCCGAGUACCCGGACCACUACACAAACGUGCAUGAAUCCAUGCCCACCUACAUGUACCCAGAGACCUACCCCAGCAGUUCCCCUCCUGACAUUCCCGAUAUCAUCCUGAAGCUGCUGCAGCUGGAGCCGGACGAGGCCCAGGUCAAGGCACGGAUACUGUCCUGCCUGCAGCAAGAGCAAGGCAAAGGCCGGCACGAGAAACUCAGUACCUUCGGCCUCAUGUGCAAGAUGGCUGAUCAGACCCUCUUCUCCAUCGUGGAAUGGGCACGGAGCUGCAUCUUCUUCAAGGAGCUGGAGGUGGGCGACCAGAUGAAGCUGCUGCAGAACUGCUGGAGUGAGCUGCUGGUGUUCGACCACGUCUUCCGGCAGCUGCAGCACGGCAAGGAGCACAGCCUGCUGCUGGUCACCGGGCAGGAGGUGGACAUGUCGACCAUUGCAGCCCAGGCCGGCUCUAUCCUGAACACACUGAUGCUGCGGUCGCAGGAGCUCAUCCUGCACUUGCACUCACUCCAGGUGGACCGGCAGGAGUACGUCUGCCUCAAGUUCCUCAUCCUCUUCAGCCUCGAUGUGAAGUACCUGGAGAACCACACACUGGCUAAGGAUGCUCAGGAGAAGGCCAACGCAGCGCUGCUGGAGUACACCCUGUGCCACUAUCCCCACGCCACAGACAAGUUCCGUCAGCUGCUGCUGCGGCUAUCCGAGGUCCGGGCGCUGAGCAUGCAGGCGGAGGAGUACCUCUACCACAAGCACCUCAGCGGGGAGGUGCCCUGCAACAACCUCCUCAUCGAGAUGCUGCACGCCAAGAGGACUUGAGUGCAGCUGCCAGCACGGACCCGGCAGAGCCUCGGUGCUGCCAGCGGCAUGGCUGAGGCAGGACUCAUGCCUGGGGCUGGUGGGCCGGCGCAGCCUCUCCAUCCUGCCUUCUCAGUGAUGCUAUUUAACCCGUGCUGUUGGAAAAGUCCCAGAUGGUUUAUUUUAAUACACAGCAAGGACAUUUGAUGG